AUGAAGCUGUUUUAUGUUUUGGGCCUGUUUUUUAGAAAAAAUUGUGUAUUGUUGUUGAAUGUAGUGACGCUGUCGAAGACAAAGAAGAAAGGGAUAGAGCAUAAAGAGAACAUUGUGAACUCCAUUCGGGAGGCUGUAGAGCAAUAUAAUUCCAUUUAUGUUUUUAGCUUUGAGAACAUGAGGAAUAUUAAGGCUCCUCAGAUUUACUUCCAUAAAGGAACAGUCAAGAAUUUAGAGUCGGAAGUCGCAAGGGCUAGCAAGCUAAAAUGCACCAGUUGCGGUAAAAAGGGAGCCGUUCUUGGGUGCUACGUGAAAUCAUGCCAACGAACUUACCAUGUGCCGCGUGCAUACGACAUCCCUGAUUGCAGAUGGGAUUCUCUACUAUUCUUCAGCAGCAGUCCAGAAGUCAGUCGCUUGCUUAUUGGACUGAAUUGUGUAAAAGCACUUGAGCCCUUGACUGUAGUAGAAACCGCCAAAGAUUUGUCCUCGCAACAUGAUUUCGAUAUUCAGGCAUUCAAAUUUAACGCUGGCAAGGAAUUACUAAGAGAAACGCGUAUAGUGCGUGUCGGACUCAUUCAAAACUCCAUCGCUCUACCAACUACCGCACCAUUUCUCGACCAGAAGAAAGCCAUCUUUCAUAAACUAAAGCCCAUAAUCGAUGCCACAGAGCCUACAGAUGGAGAAUCGACACAGUUUCUUCAAGGUUUUGCAAGGAAAUAUAACAUGGUCAUAGUAAUCCCGAUACUCUGGGAGACUAUCUGGAAUACCGUGGUUAUAAUCGGGAAUAACGGUAACAUAAUCGGCAAACACAAGAAGAAUCACAUACCCCGUGUUGGGGAUUUUAACGAGAGUACAUAUUAUAAGGAGGGCAAUACGGGGCACCCUGUGUUUGAGACUGCGUACGGAAAGAUCGGUGUCAACAUAUGCUACGGAAGGCACCAUCCAUUAAACUGGUUAGCCUUCGAGUUAAACUGUGCCGAAAUCGUCUUUAUACCGUUUGCCACUGUUGGUGAACUCAGUGAGCCAAUGUGGCCCAUCGAGGCACAAAAUGCUGCAAUAGCAAAUAGUUACUUUAUGGGGUCCAUCAACCAGGUGGGGACAGAGGUGUUCCCGAAUCCGUUCACAUCAGGCGAUGGAAAGCCGCAACAUGCAGACUUUGGUCAUUUCUACGGUUCAAGUCAUGUUUCAGCGCCGGAUGCUUCGUGUACACCAUCGCUUUCAAGGAACAAACACGGGUUGUUGAUAUCAAACAUGGAUCUUAACCUCUGCAGACAGCUAAAGGACAAAUGGGGGUUUUGUAUGACGGCUAGAUAUGAGUUAUAUGCUGACAUGCUUUCUCGAUAUGUGAAGCUUGAUUUCGAGCCCCAGGUGGUUUCUGAUCCUUUGUUGCCAAAAAAUCAAUUGUAAAAAAAUACUUCUAUUCGUAUCAUGUUUUAUGUCCAUUUAUGCUUACUCAAGUGGUUUAAGAUUGAAAUGGAAGACUUGACGAUCAUGAGUUUAAAUGCUAUAAAAAGCUUCGUUUCUCGUGUAUAUUUUCUGGUUUUAUU